AUGAUGGCCGACCAAGACCUCAUCGCGUACGCGCGCGACGCCGCCAGCAGGGGAGACGACCUGUUCGCGCUCCUCGCCACCGACGCAACAGCCUCGGAAUCCGACAUACGCCGCGCGUUCCGGCGCAAGGCGCUGACGGCGCACCCGGACAAGGCCGGCGACGCCUACGACCCGGCCCUGUACGAGCGGCUCGAGCGCGCCCGCGAUGUGCUGCUCAACCCGGAGGCCCGCGAGGCCUACGACAGCGGCAUGCGCGCCGCCCUCCAGAAGAAGAUGCACCUGGAGCAGAUGAACGAGAAGCGCCGGCGCCUGGUCGAGGACCUCGAGCGCCGCGAGGCCGAGGCCAAGCGCGCCAGGACGGCGGAAGCCCAGCCGCAGGCCCUCGACGCCGAGCGCCGCGCCAUGGCCGCGCGGGGGCGAGCCAAGAUGGAGGAGAUGCGGCGGUUACGGGAGGAGGCCGAGGCGCGGGAGCGGUUGGCGCGGGAGAAGGAGGAGAGGGCCGGCGCGCCAUCGGGCUCGACAGCUGCGGAGAAGCCGGAGACGGCAGGAACUUCUCAGAACGACAACAACAACAACAACGACGACGACGACUACGACGAGCGGAUCGCGGACCUCGAGAGGCGGCUGAAGGAGGCACAACAGCGCAAGGCCGAGAAGAAGCAGCGCAAAGAGGAGCGAAGAGCCGAGAGGAAAGGGAGAAAGGAAAAACAGGCGGCAGCGGCGACGCCGACGCUGGCUCCCGGAGGAUCUCCUCCCCCUCCGGAGAGGAGCAUUCACAACAACAACAACACCACCACCACCAACAACAACAACCCUCCUCCUCCACCUCCUCCACCCACCGCCGCUGAACCACAGGCUGACCAAGACAAGGUGCCGCCCGGGCCCAAGCCGGAUGCUAGCGAUCCGCCCAAGGCGAGCGACCGCUUCGCGUCGACACUAGCGAGGCUGCGCGCCGCCCAAGCGAAAAAGGAGGAGGAGAAGAGACGCAAAGCCGAGCAAGCAGCGGCGGCGACGGCGGCGGCGACAGCGGCCACGACGACCACGGCGCAGUAG